GCCGGGAUGAAGAGAGCACGAGAAGAAAGAAUGGGUAACAAUUCUGAACAAGGGGAAGGAGACAGCGGCCUGUAAGUGUAAAAUUUUCAUUAGCGUCACCUUUCAUUGUACAGCGUGUGCAUGGCGAGAAGGUGUGACACGGGGCUGCAGGGCGGGAGCAGCACGCCCAUGCACGCCACGCGAGGGCGGCGGAAGGAAGGACUGGCGGCGGUGAGCAUGGAGUGAAGGAGCAUCAACAUUAAUGAGAGGCAGGAUCUUGUGUUGUCAAGUGCAAAACUCGCAGUAACGGAAGCGUGAUAGUACAUCUGAAUGCGAGUGUGCGUGCGUGCAUGAGUGCGUGGAUGCGCGUGUGCAGCAGGAACUGGGAGGCCAGAAGGCGCGCUGGCGGCCAGCAGACGACCAGGCCAGCCGCUCCACAUAUUUACCAAAGUGAGUGUGGCCCCACCCGGCCAGGCGGGGUUCAGGCGUUACCCUGGGCCAGGCGAUCCCCGCCCCUUGUGCCUCUUCGCAGGUUCGCCAAGAGGAAGCCGCCGCCACAGAGCUCAAAUGUGAUGACGUCACCUUCCCAGUACAAACAAACAGUGUGUCUUUUAAAAAGCCAGUGACUGUGCAGCUCGAGGGCAGGUUUGUGUGGAGCCGCGGCUUUGAAUAGUGCAGCGCCAGACACCUGUGGCGCUGAACCUGACGGAAACGGUGCAGAAUAGGAUGAAAGGAGGGGGUUUUAAUGCUAAAUUAGAAGUCUUCAGCAUCUGAGGCAGUGACGGCCGCGGGCUGGGCCGCGUAUGGAUCGAAGGAGGAGGCUAUGUGUGUGGCGGGCAGCCUGGCAACACUGGUUUUGAAAGAGCUGUUCUCGCAGGAUAUACACACUCCCAAACUCCGCCCAGCGCCCACCAUGGCAGCCAACACACCUUCUCGCACAAACAGUCAGAGACACUCGUGCCGUUCCACGCGCUCAAGCUCUUACAGACACCAAUGCCAUACCAACCGCAGCAGUACUCGAAGGCAGUCGUUCAAUACCUCUCGCAACAGCAGUCACAGAGCUUCGUACUACAAGAGUCGCCAGCAGACCCCGGAGGCGCCCCCAAGCACCGCCGAUGACAGCCAGCAGGCAGGUGGAAUGAUGCUGACGCCCAUGUGGGUGGUACGACUAUCAGCGAGCCUGGGCAUCCUGGGCGGUGCCUUCCUCUUCUCCGGCGUCAGUGUGCUCACCAACAGCUUCGGCCAGUCCCUGCCGAGGGUUGGGGGCGAGGACAAGACCUCGGGCAACAUAUUCCUCGCCAUUGGCUGUGUGUCCCUGGCUGUCUCUGCCGGCCUGGGCUAUUAUGGCUGCCGAAAACGCAAGAAGAAACAGGAAGAUGACGCUAGCGACAGCGGCAGGGCACUGAGCUUCGCCCCCGCUCUGUCCACUACGGCCGACAUGUUCCCGUGGCCAUCCACGCCCUCCCACCAGAACCAGCCCGCCGGCUCUCCCUACGUUACCCCCGCUGCCGGGGAACCCGCCUUCAAUUCGGCCUACGCUAAUUCCGGGGCAGAACCGCAAUCCAGUUCACCCUCCGCCACGCCUGCUGCAGGAGAACCAGCCUUUGUCUCAGCCUCCUCCCCCAACGGGGAAGGCCCCGCCGCCUCACUCCCGGAACCCUCCUCCUCGGAUGCCGCCGCCGACGCGUCUCACCACACAGGGAUCUCGGGAACACCAUCGGCGAGCCAGGAGCAGGAGUGCCACGGUGGAGCGUCAGCCGCCUUGUCUGAUCCAUCCCCGACCAUGAACCCCGAGGCCUAAGCCCCCAGGGCAGGAGGUGCUACUCUUCCAGCGUCCAGCGAGUUCUCUGAAAGGCUCUCACUGGUAUUUCUUACGUAGGUUUUUGUAUUACAUAAAUAACUCUAUUCUUCUAUGUGAGAGAACGUAUUUGUUAAUUCUUGUUGAUGCUAAUAAUGAUAUCUAUUUACCUUUCUAGGUUCCAUACAUGGAUAUUCAUAUCUAUAGGUUGCAUACAUAACGAAUAUAUCAGUAUAAAUCAUGUUUGAUGUGUACGUAAGCCACGCGCGCCAGCCUGGCUCUGAGCGGAGCCACAGGUGGUGAGUCGCCCGGCCCGCGCCCCGCGCCAACAGGUGACACAGCGAUGCCAGCCGCCCAGCCACCCCGCGCUGUGCAAGCAAGAAAUCUUCAUUUUUAUUUGGUGCGGAAAAUACGAGGGAAAUCCUGUGCUUUCAUGCCCCAGAUGAGGGCCACAGAAAAAUGUGCCACCAGAGAAAGAGCUGCAGAAAAAAAGGAAGUGGGAAGGUCGCAGAUUAUCGAUCAGCUGGCGGGGACACCGAGGCACGGCACCACCGCCUCGCCCCAACACUCUACUGCUCAAACGGAUGUUUAUCGAAAAGAAAAUCUGGACAAAAUUUUUUUGCAUACAUUUGUACCGGCGAGUCUCCGCGUGAAAGCUGACGAAUUCAGAUUCAACCAAAAUUCAUCCUCAGGGGGCUGGCAAGCACUGAGUGAGUGAGUGUCUGGGGCGGCAGGAGGAGCGACGCCAAUCACCAGAGUGUUUCUCGUCACGCUGCUGGCUGUCCUCCGCGGGGUGCCGCAGACCCUAGAGCCCCGCACUGCGUCCCUCUGCGUGGCGGGGUGGGACGGGGCGGGGCGGGGCCGGGCGGCCAGGCUGCCGGGUGGCUGGCGAUGGAAUUGAGUUGCUGAUGCAAUACAGACAAUCAGGAAAAUUUGUUAUACGUGUGUUAAUGUAUAAGGAAGUCCCUUAGUUCCGAUGACUCUGAAAAGGAACCAAAUUUUUCAAAUUUAGAUGUAAUGUAAUUCUUUUUUCAACACGUUUCCAUGUUUGUUUGUGAGACACAUUGCCGGGCCCGGGACCCGGCGGGGGGACGCGGGGACGCCCGACACACAGGACUUACCACUCCGUUCCCGCUCCACUCCGGAGGCAGCUUCCCGGCGGGCUGGAGAAAACGCGGCCUCCCGGUGUGGGAAGCCUUCAUGAUCUCCGUCAUACUAGACUUAAUUCUAUGCACACUGAAUAAACUUUCAUUAGUAUAAUAACCAAGAAACUACUUCCACUCUUUAACCAUUGCCGCAGCGCUUCGUAGAGUAAAGGCUGUAGACCAUAGCGUAUUUUCAGGCUUAGUAGUGUUGGGGAGGGAGGGAGGGUGGGAGGGAGGGAGGGAGGGAGGGAGGGAGGGAGGGAGAAAGAGACGGGGUGAAUGGCCCCUGGGAACAAGGCCACGGUGGCGUCAGUGAGUCGCGUGCCAAAGCCACCUGUGGUCGGGAACCAUCCUGAACAGCGUCCGCAAUUCUGAGUCAUUGUAAUCUUCACGAGGGCAAAUUAUAUUGACCAUUGUUUCCCGCAGCCAUUUCCGGGAUUCCAUUUCGCUAAAGUUAGUUAGACAAGUGGUGUAUUCCCGCCAAGCAUUCCGCGAUGUAUUUCCGACGUGAUUGGGAAUUUACAGUGCCAACACAAUUAACUCUCGUAAUAUUCAUUAUGACACAAUAAACCGUAUCCGACCAAAGUGAUUGCGACAAAACAAAGUCAAUGCCUGACUGCACCAAUAUUUUAAUAACUCUUUCAUAUUUAUAUCGUGUCCCGAGCUGUUUAGUUCCGACGGUGCCAAAUCCACGGUCCUUCGGUCACCACGCCCUCGACGUUGCUCCUCUGCGAUGGCAUCCGGUUAACUAAUUAAUGUCUGUGCCUAGAUUAUUGAUGAUACCUUUCAGUGCCAAGGCGGGCAGGUGGUCCAGGUGUUUUGAGAGGCGGCACCUCGCCUCGAAGGGUGCGCUCGGGGGACCCACAGGGAGGCUGGAGGGGGGAGAAAGUCAUAAAGCAACAGCUGGACUCGCAUUUCUGAUCUCAACGAAACUUGUGAUUCUGGAGACAAUACGCACUCAUCUCAGUCUGACAUGACGAACGCCGUUUAUUUCAAUGCGUGUUUUGAUGGAGAGGAAAAGUAACUGGUUGGGAGUUGUGAGUCGCGGAAGCGUCGACUCACAAGAGUCUUUCUUGGACGUGAAAUGCGAGAAUCGUAUUUCCACGAGUUCGUUUUUCCUCGUGUGAAGUGGAACUAGCAGCGAGGCCUGGGCGGCGUGAAGCCCGGGCAGGUGAAGUGAGGCGGGGGGAUUGACGGCAAAGACACGGCGCGUGCGUCUAGACAUCCUUGGCAGUGAGUUCAGUCGCAUUAAUUUUUGGGUAGAAGCGUACGCACGUAGCAGCAGCAGCAGCAGCAGUAUCAGCAGCACAUUUGAGUACAGCAGCACACAUCAGUAACCUCCACAAGAAAGUGUUGGUCUGGUUCAAGCACGCCAGGCAGCACCACCUCGGACAUAUCAGGUCAAGAGCUACGCCGGGAGAACCCUAGACACUGAAAAUUAAAUACGAAAUAGACUGUAUCCUAACAUGUAGUAGUUGCGCAUCAGCUUGAGUCCAGCAUCCCUCUGACCGUCACUCCCUCUACCAAACUCGCCUCUCCAGCGUGUCUCUGUUCCCCAGCCUGCAUCAUUCCCGCUAGUGCAGGAUAGCAAAGCGAAAAAAACACAAACUGCCUGACCGCUACAACUCCUAAUCUAGUCACCCCUUAGCGCAGGAUUCGUGGGGAGGGGAAGGGGGACAAGCAUACAUACCAUACAUACAUACAUACAUCCUCCAGGUGUUAUUGAGCCGUAUUAUUCAUUAAGUAGACACCAAUAUCCCGGUAGCUUGUUUUAUGUUUACUAAUCUCAAGUGUUCAGCGACGGAGGAGGACUCGGCGAUUUGUGAUUUUGUGGUUUUGCGAAGGAAGAGUAUUGAUUGCUGGAACUUUACAGUGUGUGUGUGUGUGUGUGUGUGUGUGUGUGUGUGUGUGUGUGUGUGUGUGUGUGUGUGUGUGUGUGUGUGUGUGUGUGUGUGUGUGUGCAGAGCGAAGGAAGCGCACAGUGUUGUAUAUGAAAGCGUGGCGGAGUGGGAAUAUCAUCAGCAUCAUCAGCGAGUUGGCGUAAUGAACGAUGCAAUCAGGAAGCGAUAAAUGUCAAGUAAAUGUUAACUAAUGUAAAUAUCAACGCAAUUCUCGACAGCGAACCGAAGGUGUGACGGGCCAACAAUCACCACGAGUGACGAGUCAAGAUUGUGACGAUUGUAAAGACCGAUAUCUCUUCUUCCUACAUUGCGUUGGCGGAAAAGUGAGACUCUCAGUGCUUAAAGUGACGCCACAGGAUAAAAUAAUCGUGGCUUUCUAGAUUAUGUGAAGGAAGGAGUUGGUGGAAAGGUGAGACUAUGAAUGUUCGUAAUGACGUGAAAAGAAAAAAAAAUUUUUUUUUCUUUAGAUUUGUGCGAAGGAAGAAGUGAUGAGUAAACCAAUAUAGAAAUACCAUGAGAGAAGAAAGAGUAACUCGAUAGGUAAUAUAUGAAUAAUAGCAACGAUAUAUAUAUAUAUAUAUAUAUAUAUAUAUAUAUAUAUAUAUAUAUAUAUAUAUAUAUAUAUAUAUAUAUAUAUAUAUAUAUAUAUAUAUAUAUAUAUAUAUAUAUAUGACAAGUAUUUCAGUGAAAUAAACACAGUAAAAUAUUAUAAAGAAAUGACAAUAACAAAAACAAGAAGACGAAUAACAAUGAUAAUAACAAUAAUACGUACAUGAAGAAAUUUACACAAAUAACAUGAUGCACGAAAAACAGCAAGAUUACAAAAUACUUGGUGUGAUAAAUAACGGGAAUAGCCACACCGCAACAAUGUUAAUAACAAUAACAACAAUAAUAACCCCAAUAAUGCAACAAAAGCACUAACACGCACGCGCACGCUCAUUGACCAAAUGUCUACGGUGCGGGUCAGCCACAUUUCACUUACUCCUUUCUUCAACGGUAAUAGCACCGGCAGUGUUGACCCUUUUUUGUGCCUGCAAUCGAGCACGUCACCAUCCGUCAUUGUUAUGGCUUUUAGUUGAUUGAUAAGACGUGUAAUUGGCGGCCAGCGUGAAGGACGAGAGAGAGCGAGUGACGUGAGAGGACAAGGCGAGAACAAAGAAAAUGAAGGUUUUGUUAAUACGAAGGUGAAUAGUAAUGCUUUUGGGAAUCUUUUUGAGAGAGAGAGAGAGAGAGAGAGAGAGAGAGAGAGAGAGAGAGAGAGAGAGAGAGAGAGAGAGAGAGAGAGAGAGAGAGAGAGAGAGAGAGAGAGAGAUACACCUUAACGUAAGAGAAAGAUUAGGUGGUAAGAGAAAAACUUAUUGUGCCAUUGAGAUAGUGAAGAUACGGGAGGAGAAGGAGAAGGAGAAGGAGGAGAAGGAGAAGGAGGAGGAGGAGGAGGAAAUUGAAGAGGUGUCGAAGGGGAAAGGAGAAGCAGUAAGAAGAGAAGGAGAAAGGAACAAAUGAAGAAACAAAACCGGAAAACGUGUAUGGAAGAGGCUACGAAAGAAGCAAAUGAGGAACAAAAAAAAAAAGGAAGAGAGAGAGAGACAGACAGACAGACAAACUGAAGUGAGCGAAACAUUACCGCGAGACUUGAAGUUAUGAGAUGCGAGGACAGACAGACAAUCCGAGUGUUAAUCUUUACAAAGUCUUACGUUGUCUUUCCCUUUAGUAAUUGUUCGCCAGCAUGCAGAAGGAAGUGGAAGAAGAAGAAGAAGAAGAAGAAGAAGAAGAAGAAGAAGCAUCAUUUGUUCUCCUCGUCGAUGUAAUCCAUUUGUUAGGCUAAGUUGAAGACAUGCACGCACACAUUUACUUCCCUCGUGUGUGCAUGUGUGUAUGUGAGUGUAUGCGUACGUGUAGCCCACACAUAAACUCCUUGUGUUCACGCACAUUAUACCAUAGCCGUUGCUGAUUGUUGCCUUAAUCGUGUACGUCUGUAUGAUGGUUAUUCACAUACACUAUUAAUAAAUUUUCAACAAAAUACU